AACAAAUGAUAUUUUCUCAAGAAUCAUGGGAGUAGAAACAGCACAAGAAGCAUGAGAUACUCUUAAGAAAGAGUUUGAUGGCAGUUCUUGUGUUAAAGGUAACAAGAUUGUAACCCUUAAAAGACAAUUUGAAAUGCUGAAAAUGCAAGAGACAGAGACAAUCCAUCAAUAUACAAAUAAAUUGAUGGAUGUUGUCAACCGAAUUAGACUUCAUGGUGAGGAAUUUCCAGAUCGAAGGCUGGUGGAGAAGAUUAUUGUUAGUGUACCAGAUGAAUUUGAGUCCAAGAUUUCUGCCAUAGAAGAAUCUUAUGACCUCAAAGAGCUAACCAUUACUGAGCUUAUAAGCAAGCUUCAGGCUCAUGAGCAAACGCUGGUUAUGAAAACCGAUGAAACAAAAGAAGGAGCCUUCCUUGCAAGGCAAAAAGGAAAACAACCAGCCACUAGUUCUGAAAGCAAUAAGACCAAUGGUUAUAACCAAGCAUAUCAGCAGCAUCAACAAAGCAGAAAAGGGAGGUUUCCUCUAUGCUGUUAUUGCAGAAAAUCAAACCAUGAAGAAAAAGAUUGUUGGUUCAAAGGCAAAUCACAGAUUCAGUGCAGAUUUUGUAAAAAAUAUGGCCAUAUUGAGAAGAAUUGUAGGGCUAAGCAACAGCGACAGCAUCAAACACAACAUCAACAAGCUCAGUACAGACCAAAGCAACAACAGCAAGUUAAUUAUGCUGAAGAUCAGUGCAAGGAGGAUUACUUGUUCACAGUGACUCAAGGUUCAUCUCUACCAUCUAGUACUUGGUUUGUUGAUAAUGGAUGCACUAAUCAUAUGGCUCGAGAUGAAAGUCUCUUCGUUGAAAUGGACAAAUCAGUUAUUACAAAUGUCAAGUUAGGAAAUGGUACUGUGCUGAGAUCACAAGGGAAAGGUACUGCUAUUAUUCAAACUAAAACAGGUACAAAGCAAAUUACUGAUGUCAUGUUUAUUCCGAGCUUAAGCCAAAAUUUACUUUCUGUUGCACAAAUGAUGAAAAAGGGAUUCACUCUAUCUUUUGUGCAUGAUUCAUGUUUUGACCCUACUAGUGAUGAGAUAGCUAAGGUGAAAAUGGUAGAAAACAUCUUUCCUUUGGAUUUCGAAAAGGUGCAGCAUUGUUUUUCUACUUGUAAAACUGUGGAUGAAAAUUUAUGGCACAAAAGAUAUGGUCAUUUCAAUGUCAAAGGCUUGAAAUAUAUGCAAACACAUGAGUUUGUUCGAGAUUUGACAGAAUUACAUUUAACUAACAGUGUUUGUGAAAGUUGUCAAUUAGGCAAGAUGCAUAAAUUGCCUUUUCUUGUGAACAAAUUCUUGAGAGCAACUCAAAAGCUUGAACUGGUGCAUACAGAUAUUUGUGGUCCUAUGAGAACACCAUCUCUCAGCCAAAACAGAUAUUUCAUCCUCUUUAUAGAUGACUUUACAAGAAUGACAUGGGUAUACUUUCUUGAUAGCAAAGGUCAAGCCUUACCUGUGUUUGAAAAAUUCAAGGCUUUGGUUGAAAACCAAAGUGGAUGCAGAAUUAAAAAGCUCAGAUCAGAUAAUCGCAAGGAGUAUACCUCCAAUGAUUUCAACUUGUUUUGUGAAGAAGCUGGUGUUGAUCAUCAAUUAACAGUGUCUUAUACCCCACAGCAGAAUGGCAUUGCAAAAAGGAAAAAUAGAACCGUUAUAGAGAUGGCAAGGUGCAUGUUGGCAGAGAAGAAAUUGCCCAAAUCUUUUUGGGCUAAAGUAGUUUAUAUAGCAAUCUAUCUCUUAAAUGGUUUACCAACAAAGGCAGUAAAAGGCAUGACACCUAUUGAGGCUUGGUAUGGUCAAAAACCAUUUGCUGAUCAUUGGAAGGUUUUUGGCUCAAUUUGUUAUAAUCAUGUUCCAACAGCUAAAAGAGGAAAAUUAGAUGAGAAGGCAGAAAUUGGGAUCUUUAUAGGCUAUGGAACACAAGCAAAAGGCUAUAAGGAUGCAGGGAAGAUAGAAAAAGGCUCAAAUAAGCAAUGUGAAGCUGGUUCAGAUGUUGCUUCCAGUUCUGAAAUUGCAGAAGUUGAUGAUGAUUCAUCGAUUUUAAAAACCAAGUCACUAGCUGAUAUUUAUGCAAGAUGUAAUUUAGCUACUGCAGAACCUAAUUGUUUUGAAGAAGCAGCUAAACAACAGGUUUGGAUUGAUGCCAUGAAGGAGAAGCUAUCUAUGAUCGAAAAAAAUCAAACUUGGUGCCUUGUUCCAAAACCAAAUGAUAAGAAGCCUAUUGGAGUGAAGUGGGUGUUUCGAACUAAGCUAAAUCCAGAUGGGUCUAUACACAAACAUAAGGCCAGACUUGUUGUGAAGGGGUAUGCUCAACAGCCGGGUGUCGAUUAUGGAGAGACUUAUGCUCCGGUGGCUAGACAUGAUACAAUAAGGCUUCUAAUUGCAUUAGCUGCUAAUUUGGGUUGGAAGUUGUUUCAUAUGGAUGUAAAAUCAGCUUUCCUCAAUGGUGUUUUGCAAGAGGAAAUUUAUGUUGAACAACCACUUGGGUUUGAGAUUACAGGGAAUGAAGAUUGUGUUUAUAAGCUUAACAAGGCUUUGUAUGGUCUAAAACAGGCGCCAAGGGCCUGGUAUUGCAGAAUUGAUCACUACUUGAUGAGUCAAGGCUUCAGAAGGAGCACAGAAGAAGCAACUUUGUAUUUGUUGGAACAAUUCAAGAAGGUUAUGAUGCAAAAGUUUGCAAUGACAGAUUUGGGAGAGACAAAGUAUUUUCUGGGACUUGAAGUUCAACAAUUGAGCAAGGGAAUUUUUAUUUGCCAGAGAAAGUAUGCACUGGAUAUCUUGAAGAAGUUUGAAAUGGAGAACUGCAAACCAGUUGCCACUCCAUUGGUUCAAAAUGAAAAGCUUUCCAAGAAUGAUCAAGAAACCAAGGUUGAUUCCUCCUACUAUCGAAGUUUAAUUGGUAGCCUGCUUUAUUUAACUGCUACAAGACCUGAUUUGAUGUUUGCAACAAGCUAUUUGUCAAGGUUUAUGUCAGCUCCUAGUAAACUUCAUUUAGUUGCAGCCAAGAGAGUUCUUAGGUACAUCAAAGGAACCUAUGAACUUGGCUUGUGGUUUGACAAUAAUCAACAAGGAAGGUUACAGGGGUAUGUUGAUAGUGAUUGGGCAGGUUCUAUGGAGGAUAUGAUAAGCACAACAGGUUAUGUUUUCUCCUUUGGUUCAGGGAGUUUCUCUUGGAAUUCAAAGAAGCAGGAUGUUGUAGCUCAGUCCACAGCUGAGGCUAAAUAUUUAGCAGCUGGAGCAGCAGCGAAUCAUGCUGUUUGGCUUAGAAUGGUGCUUGAAGAACUUGGUUUUAAUCAAAUUGAGUCUUGUGUACUCAAUGUAGAUAACAUGUCAGCAAUUGCUAUUGCUCAAAAUCCAGUGCAGCAUGGUAGGACCAAACACAUCAAGAUUGAAUACCAUGUUAUCAGAAAUUAUGUUCAGGACAAAGAGAUUGUUUUGCAACAUUGUGAUUCUGAAAUUCAAGUUGCAGAUAUUCUGACUAAAGCUCUUCCAAGGCAGAAAUUUGAAGAGUUCAAAGAUAUGCUUGGAGUUACAAAUAUAAAAAGCAAGGAGGAGUGUUGAAGAUAUCAGUUAACAGCAGUUAUGCUUUUUUAAUUUGUAACUGGUUUUUUGUUUUAUGCAGUUAGUUCUACAAGUUAGCUGCAUUAGGAGUAGUUAUUUUUAUCCUUUAUGUAGAAACUGUAAUUUAUAAGUUGUAGAUAUUUAGCAACUCUUUUUGUAUGUCAGUUAUCAAUCUGAAAUGAAACAGAGCUCCACAUCCGAGAAGCUCAUAAAAUCCAGAUUAGUGU